AUGGUUGUGGUUGUAGGGGCAACCAUGGGUCAGGCUUUACUGGCUGCCAGCAUCAGGGCAGCAUUACGACAUUGCGACCCUCGCCGAGUCUUCAAAGUUAGUCCAAGCUUGUUUGCCCUUCAGCGGUGGAGUAGAAGCCUCCCGCAGCUGCAGAAGCAAACUUUAACUUUUGUCCUUCUCGUCAUCGAAGGCCAGAUCUCUCAAGGCAGCGUAGUGUACAGCGAGGCCUGUCUGGUUCUGCCCACGCGGCCGAGGAGGAAAAAAGGGGCUGCUAAAAUGUUGGGUUGCAUGUGCGGGUUCAUCUAA